UGUCCCAUGUGCCGAUACCCGAUGCCAGUGGAGACCCAGCCAUUAUUAUCAUCGAAUCCCCUGAGUCCUCCUCCUAAUUGAGGAGGGGAGGGGAGGGGAGGUUGCCUAUAUGUUAUGCCGCUGCCUGUUUGUCAAGAGAUUGCAUUGCUUCUUUGCAAGGCCCAAAGGAACAGCCACAUACACUGUCCAACAUGGCAUCAGCUAAAGCAUCACCAACAUGUUGCACGCUUCCUGUAAAUGUGGCUGAGCUCAACCUUUUCCCUAGAACAGUCCUGCAGAUGUUUGCACCUGUUAAACAUGGCUCCCAAAGGAUGAAGAGAUGCACAAAUUCCGGGAAGAGGAGGCAAUGUACUUCAGCCCAAGGGAUCGGAAGUAUCCGAACGGUAAGCUUCCGAGCCGCAUAACUGGUGAAGGUGAUGGAUUAUGGAAGGCAAGUGGUAAAGACUUGGAAAUUUUCAGUCAAAGGUGGAAGGUAAUUGGAGCCAGGAAGACCCUGGUCUUUUAUGAUCUGAAAUCAAAACAUGGAGCAAAAAAGACCAAUUGGAUUAUGCAUGAAUACACAAUCGAGGAAAACAUCUCACCAUCCACAAGCACCACUAGAGCUCCUGGGGACAACAGGUUGGAUGAUUGGGUUUUGUGCAAGGUGUAUCUAAGUAAGAUGUCUAAAUCUAAACCAAAUACUGCGGAUGGAGGGAAAACAGAGAUGACAGAUUCAGAGCCAUUAGAGCAGGAUCUCCCAGUGCUCGAAAGCUCUGCGACUCCAAACCUAGGUGAACAAGUUAACGUGUGCAAUGAAAGUGCGCAAGCAUUAUACAAUGGAAUCAUGACAGUACCAUAUGGCUCUACUACUGGUUAUGUGUCUCAAGAGGUGACAAAUUUAGGUGCAAGGUCGCUUGCUCAUCAUCAACAAAACCUGUCAUUGCUUCCAAGCUUUUCGCAGCUUCCAGUUAUUAACAGUGUUACCUCUGCUAUUUCCAGCAUUGCUGGAGGAGACAACAACAAUGGAACGAUCACUACACCAAAUGAUGGUUCAAAUGGAUCUGAAAAGGUGAUAAAUUUGCAUAAAAACUUGCAUGCAGAUCAUCAGCAAGACCUUCCAUCACUUCAAAACUCUUCGAAGCCCUCUGUUAUUAACAGCGUUGGGUCUGCUAUUGCCAGUCUUGCCGGCAGUCCAGUGUUUCCUGAUUUCCAACAGGUUCCUCGUGGUUUUGGAGCUCAACAUGGGACAAAUAUAGCUCCCAUAAAUGGAAUCCAAGCACGUCAGUCCCCUCAUGGAAUUGGACCUCAUCAAUCUCGGCCAAGUUUGAACAAUGGCUGCCUCCCUCCAUUACGAACUUUUGUAGGUUUCCUAGUGCUUUUAGGAUUUGGUAAGGUCAGUUCCACUUAAAUUUUCCGAGAAAGUAUCAUUAUUAGCUAGCUACACUUGCCAAAAUUCGUGUCUGAGUACCGAGUUCAAUCCUGGAGCCAACUCUGGAGUUUGAAACAUUUCCCUGCUUAAGGGAGAUGGACUAAAUCAAUUAAAAACUAUAAUUUCCGCCCCUAUUUUAGCUUGUAAUUCAACCUAAAAUUGCAGCAACUUAUCUGGGACACUGAAGAGUCACCUUCUGUAGCCAAACUGUCAUUACUCAUUCAAACUAAACUUGCAGCAACUAAUCUCAAACACCAGAAAGUGUCCUCUGGUAGCCAAAGUGUUAUUACUCCUUUGAUGAUAAGUAGAAGCUCCUUUUAACAUGCUAGAUGAGUCUGCAUAACCACUCAUUUUUGCUCCUGGAGACACUGAAACACAAAAGCCUCGAGCUGUCUGCUCUAUUCAGUGUGCAGGAACAUAACUUCUUGUUCUUACGGUUUGUUCUGCUUUGAACCAACAGGAAGACAACUCAUCUACAAUGCUAUAGCUUUCGCAAUAACUUUAAGAUGUGCUAGUCACAUGAACGCUAAGAUUUACUAAGAAAACAUGAUCCUACCAACGUUUACCUAAGUUUAUAUUCAGUAUUGGAGCCUGCUUCAGAGUGUUCGCAAACAUGAACAACCGACUACCAAAUAACAACUAAUACAACAGAAAAGAAAAAUUGAGAGACCACUAACACAACAUUUAGAUUGG